AUGGACGAAUGGCCACCAGAACCGCAACGCCACAAGAGGUCCCGUGAGGAGAUGUCCCAGCAAGCAUCUAUUUCCCCGUCAGCCAUCCAGUUCAUAGAGCCGUCUUCUAGCCAGCCAUCAUCUAGAUAUCCCUCGGUGCCUUCCAGCAAUACCCGUACGAUCGCCCCUUCUUUCCUCGAGAGACGACGCACAUCACACCCUCAUAACCGUCCUGUACACAUACAAUCAUUGCACCGAGCAUCCGAAGACAUGGCGGAAAUAUCCCAGCCACAGUCGAGGCCACGGCUGGAACAUCGAAGUUCCCAAACUAUCAUUGAUCUUACCGAUGAGCCUGAUGAAAUUGGCCCUGUUUCUCGGGGGCCCUCCCGGCGGCCGCCACAGCUUGGGAGGAGUGAUGCGUCAGGCUUGAUGGAGUUUAUAGAUCUCACAGAUGAUGAUAUUGUUAUCACGGGAGGUCGAGAGUUGCCCCGACCCCGAGCUCAAGAAAACCGGCAUGCUCGAGAUAUUCACUUCGCCCCUAUGCGAGACGAUUCGCCCUCGCUCUUCAUACCCCACCCACCGCAUCCUCCCCACGCCAUCCGAAGAGUAUUCGCCAACCCAAUGAAUGCUAUAGGAGUUGCUCUUGGCUUUAGAAUUCCUGAAGUACGCGGAGCUGCAGCACCUCAUCACGAAGCCUUUCACGCCGCCCACUUUGUGGAGCAUAUGCAAAUAUUGCGCGGAAUGGAUGCCCAAAAUAUGCCAGGCCUGAUGGAUUACAGACAGCCUGCGUUCGCAGCACCGAAACCGGAACAUGUCCCUCCAAAACCCGCCAGAGAGAACUUCACACGGUCACCUAAAGAAGACGACAUCAUAAUUUGUCCCAGCUGCGAGGAGGAGUUGGUGCACAAGAAGGAUGUCGAGGAACCCGUGGUUAAAAAGACCGGCAGAGCCCCGAGUAGAAAGGACAGGGAGGAGCAUCCAUUCUGGGUGAUCAAGGAAUGUGGUCACGUCUACUGUAAUAACUGCUAUCAGAACCGUGGACAUCCUGGCAAAACACCCGCAUCGGUCAGCUUCCCCGAAAUCUCGAAGCCAGGCAAGAACCGAACCACCAAAAUUCUGACUUGCGCCGUCGAGGACUGCGACUCUGAUGUCAAGGCCAAGGACAAGUGGGUGGGUGUGUUCCUCUAA